UUUGGCAUGUGCGUCUAUAAAAAGUAUCUCUCUCUCACACUUCUCUCUCAGUCUCUUUCACCGGAGAAAGUUAUAUAAAUUUCUAGGUCAUCGGAAAAUUUCACCGGAGAUGUAUCCUUCAUCCGACUUCUCUUUCUCACCGUCGUCGCUGUUCUCAGCGUACGCAUCUUUAACCGGUUUCUUGAUGCUCUUUAGAUCGAUGCUCCACGAUUUCGUACCGGAGAAGCUCCGAUCUUACUUCUCCCACUUGUUCGAGCGGUUCUUCACUCCAAGAUCGAAGACUAUAACGGUGGUUAUCGACGAGAACUUCGGAUUGAACCGGAACCAAGUCUUCGACGCGGCGGAGAUGUAUCUCCGGAACAGAAUCGGACCUGAUACAGAGCGUUUAAGAGUCGGUAAGAUCCCAAAGCAGAAACAUUUCACAAUCUCGAUCGAGAAAGGCGAAGAGAUCUCCGAUACGUUCGAGGGUUCCGAGGUGAAAUGGAGCUAUGUUCAAUCGGAGAACGAGAAAGGGGAUAAAGUGAAACGGUACUACGAGCUUACGUUUGAGAAGAAGCUUAGAGAUAAAGUCAUGGACUCUUACUUGAGCCACGUUGUAGCUGAAUCAGAGGAGAUUAAGAGGAAUCUGAGAGUGGUUAAGCUUUAUAGCAGAGAUGUGUAUGCGAGUGAUGAUGAUGAUGGAAUGGCUGGUGGGAACUGGGGAUGUAUCAAUCUCGAGCAUCCAUCGACGUUUGAUACAUUGGCCAUGGAUCCAAAUGCGAAGAAGAAGAUCGUUGAUGACUUGGAGAGGUUCUUGAAAAGGAGAGAUUUUUACAAGAGAGUUGGUAAAGCUUGGAAACGAGGUUACUUGUUGUAUGGUCCUCCAGGAACUGGUAAAUCAAGCUUGAUUGCUGCAAUGGCUAAUUAUCUUAAGUUUGAUGUGUUUGAUCUUGAGCUUAGUAGUAUUUAUGACAAUGGUGAAUUGAAGAGGGUUUUGUUAUCUACAACGAAUCGUUCGAUUUUGGUUAUUGAGGAUAUUGAUUGUAAUGCUGAGGUGAGAGAUAGGGAAGCUGAUGAUGCGAAUCAAGAAGACGAGAGGAGGAGUGGAAAGGUGACUUUGUCAGGGAUUUUGAAUUUCAUUGAUGGCUUAUGGUCCAGUUUCGGAGAUGAGAGAAUCAUUGUGUUCACGACGAAUCACAAAGACCGGCUUGACCCUGCUCUGCUUCGUCCUGGGAGAAUGGAUGUGCAUAUCAACAUGUCUUAUUGUACAGGUUUAGGAUUUAGGACAUUGGUCUCUAACUACCUCGGUUUAGAUGGCUUAAACCAUCCUCUUUGCGAGGAAAUCGAAGCGCUGAUUGAUUCUACUGAAGUUACUCCUGCUGAGUUAGCUGAAGAGCUGAUGCAAGAUGAUGACACUGAUGUUGUUCUUCGAGGAGUGGUUAGCUUUGUGGAGAAGAGGAAGGUUGAGAGAAGCAAGACCAGUAAAGAGGUUUCUAAUUGUAAAGCAACUGAUGAUGAUGAAAAACAGAAUGGUUCUUUGGAUUGUGUAAAGAAGAAGAAGAAGAAGAAAAGUGGUAAACAAAAAGGAAAAGGGAAAGGAAAGGCCAAAGCUUAUUUGUACUAGUAUAUAUGAUAUGUUGUGUAACUUGGUAUAUAUUAAGCUUUUGUUUUAACAUUAACCCAAAUAAAUAAAAUAAAAAAGCUUCUAUUCUACA